CAUCACUAUUAGUCUGUCGUUUUAAUGAAGAAACUUAUUAACUACUUCCUUUGAUGAGAUACAUGACAUUUUCACAAAAAUUGGAUCUAAUAAGUGUUGGAUUAGAGUUGCAAACAGUAUAUUACUUUAGAAAAGGCCAAAAUGAUCAGUUACACUUUAAAUAUGAAUAUUCAUGUUAAAUGAAUAGGUCGAAAGUCGCGCGCGAUGAUCGAGAUUUUGUGAGGUGAACGUCGAAAAUGGCGUCGAGUAGCGCUAGCGGAGACGACAAGUCUCCGAGUAGGGAUCGAGACACGGAAAGAAUCCAACCCAGCCUGCGGUUGUCCGACUGCAAAUGCCCGAUCUGCAUGUGCAUCCUGAUCGAGCCCGUGCGAAUGCCUUGCAAUCACGAGCUGUGCAUGCCGUGUUUUCGCAAGAAUGUUGAGGAGGCUAACUUCACCUGUCCGAUGUGUCGACUGCGCAUCAGUAACUGGGCCAGGCGGCGGGCCAGGGAGAAUAACCUGGUGGAUGAGCGGAGGUGGAAGCAAAUCCAGAGGGCUUUCCCCGAUCGCUGUCACCGGAGGAUGGAGGGCGAAGAGGAAGAGGAGGAGGAAGAAGAAAUUUUUGAUUUUGUACCAGUGAAAAGGAUUUGUGAACCAGGAGCUAUCAAGCAAGAGUACCUUGAAGCAAUAGAAAAGCUGAGAUGUGAGCGCCAACAAAUGGAAGAGGAAGAAAUCAGGAAGAGCGAGGAAUAUAUAGCCUGGCUGCAGAGGGAGGAGGUCCGACUGUAUGAAGAGCAGCAGAAUGAGUUGGCACGGCAACAGAAGCUGGAUGAGGCACUGGCACGGAAAAUGUCUCAGGGAGACAGCCCCAUGCAGGAAGAAAUUAGGGCACAAAUUUUACAUGAGCAAGCUUUGAAGGACGAAGAGUUUGCCAGAAGACUUCAAGCGCAAAUUUUAAAGAGUCCUAAUGCUGCAUCAGCAACACCAAGCACCACCACCACUAUCAUCUCCAAGAGGACAUCCCGCAACUCCUCUCGCAGCAGCAGCACUGGUGCCUCCUCUUCCAUUAAGUGUCGCCGCAUCGACACCUUCCUCUCCCCUAGUGUCAAGCAGACAUCGCCCCAGUCCCGGACCUCGUCCCAGUCCCGAACCUCGUCCAAAGCUUCAUCCACCAAGUUGGCACCUGGUGCCUCGUCCCCAGUCUCUUCCACCUCCAGCAUGCGAGCCUCCAGCGAGUCCUCCGUCUCUAGCGUCGGUCUGGACUUUGACAAGCCCUCUACAUCGAAAGGGGACACCACCGAGCAAGUCCUGAUCGGCGACCCACCCUGGGGAGAUCGCAGCUCCAGUGACUGCAUCCUAGAGAUCGUCUCUGACCCAGCCAGCCCGGCCAUUUCCUACCCGAGCCCAAGCAGCGAUUCAGGCAGCAGUAAAGGUUUUAAGGGCUGCUUGCUCAGUGCUGACUUCAUAUUGGAUGCCAAGGAGGAGUCGAAAGAGGACGAAGGCGGAGAUGAGAAAGGAAGCAAAAAAGAGAGUGCCUUUGAGAGUGUGGAGAAGAAGCCCUUUGAGGAAGCCACUAAAUUUAAGAGCAUGAGGAAGCGAUCAGACAGCAUAACCAGUACUGACAGCAUCUCUCCGGAGCUGAACCAUUUCAGGCCCAUUGAUGUCUCGCCCCGUACCUCGCACCGUAGGCUUGCCAACGGUAGGAAGGAAUCGCCGAAAGUCGUCCACGCCAUGCCUAGGAACCUCACUGCCCAUCUCACGAAAGAGGAGCCUGGCCAGGAUGUCAGUCUCCCACCCCUCGUCAAGGCCAAGUUCGAGAGCUUGAUCAAAGAGAAGCGGAAGAAGUUGACCGAAACGUCCAAAGCGACGAUGACUAGCAAAGCCGCUCUGGGUGGGACCAGCUCUCUGAUGCGACAAGAGCUCAGCAAGCGGCUCCAUCGCAAACCGGUGACACCCAGGCUCACCCUGUUUGCCCACAAGCAACAUUCUAAGCCUGAAAAGUCCCCUCUCGCCGAGGACACGCCCCAAACACUGCAACAACAAACACUGACCAACCCAACCAGGAAAGCUGAGCCUUCAAAUGAGGCAAACCCCUGUGCAAAACCGAUCGGUGAUGACUUGAUGGACGAUGACAAUGAUGUCAUAAUGAUAGAAGUGGACGAUGAAAGCACGCCAUGUGUUGGUACAAAGAAUCAGUUAAAACUGGCAAAACAGUUGAAUGGGGUCACCAAAAACCACAGUAAACAAACUGAGGCAGCAAAUAACAGGGUGAAACGGAAAAGUUGCAGCCCUGAAACACAGAGUAAACGACAGAGGCUGGAGCAUGCAACAUCUCAGGCUUCAAAAGAUGUCAGUAGUAGUGGUGACUCUGGUAGCAGCCCAAACAGUGUGAAGAAGAGCCCCGGGAAGGUUUACCGUAUGAGAGCAAACCAGCCUAAGCCACGGCAAAGCACCAUCAAGCAGCUCUUUACCGGAAAAGAGAGCGAGGGGCCGGAACUGGACCAUUCAGUCUCCCCGAAAAGACGGAAGCCGCUGACAGGAAGUGGUACCACUCCGCCCUUACCUUCCCUCAUUCCCAGCCCCUUCUCCAGCAAAACCAAGGCGGACAAGAAGAAGGAUGCUGCAGCCUCUCGCAAGAAGACAGUGGAGGAGAAUUAUCAGGAGAAUGCCUCCAGGGCUGGAACCGACCGGCUCAAGGGCAUCCCAACCCCAAACAAAUCCGUCUUGAUGGACACCACGCUCGGUUCCAAUGGGGAGCAGAAACGAGAGCAGAACGGGACCGUGGAAGGGGUCAAAUUAGGGCCUGGCAACUCUCCACACGGUAGGAAAGCCACAGCAAAAUCGCCGCAAGAGAUCACCGCAACAAAGGCCAAGGCGAAGACGAAGAACACGCCCCCGCUGUCUGGCGGCAGUCUGAACGUGCCAAGCCCGAGCGUGCACCAAAAGACGCCCUCCAAGACCAGACGCAACACCAUCUGGAAGUACAUGGAGCUGGUUGGCGAGGAGGAACGACGACUCAAACAGGAAGAGGAAGACCGCAAGUUGGCGCUGCAGCUGCAAGAGGAAUUUGACCGGCAGGACCGCCGACAGGCCAACCAGGUGGACCGUUCCCAAGGCUCGGACGCUGCUUAUGAGCUAAGGGGCACAUUCCGUGGAGCCUCCAGAAAGGCCAAGGCAGUGUCUGAGGUAGACAGUGACGAUGACAUAUUUGCGUGAUGAAUGUGACUUUGCUGGUGAACUGGUGAGUUCUUUUUCACAAAGAGUUGUCUUUUUUUGGUACCCGGCCUCAUUUUAAAACUUUUUGGGUCAUUCUUUGCAUUUGGCGUCCUGUUUUUUCAUGUUUAUGUCUUAUCUGACACCUGAUGUUAUAAGUUUAGAACAUGUUCUUCAAUCUAUAAGAGUGAUUAAGUACAAGUCACAAACUUUAAAGUCAAUGUCAGUGUUAUUGCCACAUCAAACUACACAAGUCAGGUGUGAGGAGGCACAAAACCAUCACAUGUAUGGAUCCCAAGUUGAGAGAGUGACCCUUUUUCAAAAAUUUUACUUGUAAAAAGUCUGGUUCCAUUUUGCUGUUCAGUGACUGCAGAGACACUCUUGCAUGGCUCCUAAAUAUUUCUAAACUUUCAUCGUGUAUAAAACCAUAUUUUUUGAUGGACAUGAAAAUGUCCCAACUUGAAUGCUAUGGUUGAGUUUAUAUAGCUCUAUUUGAUGUAAAUUUAUAUUUUUUUCCAAAUUCAUUUAAUCACAUGAUUUUACAGAGAUAAAGAUCUAUUGUAAAUGCUGUACCUCUUUUUUUGUAGCAUAAACUGUCUAAAUUUCAGGUUUUUUUCCAUUUUCAUCUUUACAAAUGCCAGAUCUACUACCAUUUUUACCAAAAACUUCUUUUAAAUUGAGGACGCAUCAGUCAAAGUUUCAAACCUUUUGAGUCGAGUUUCCUAUUUUUCAAAGCAUGAAUAAUUACAAUCAUUAUUAGUGUUCAUAUAUCAGGGGGAUUAUUUGGGGCAGUGUUGUAUUCGAGUCCAUCACAAGUCCAGUCACAAGUCCCUUCACAAGGCCAGUCACAAGUCCCUUCACAAGGCCAGUUAUAAGGAACGGGGCGAACAGUGACAAAAGUAUGCUUUUGUCACAGUUCAUUUGAAUAGCUUGUGAGUUGGCGUAAGACUGAAUGACUUGUGAUGGACUUACCGGGAUUGUGAUGGACUCGAAUACAACUCUGGUUUGGGGGUACCCUGAACCCCCGACGAUGGUGUUUGUAGGGAAAGAAAAGAAAAAUUAGUUGCUUCCACUAAAACUUUCUCCCAUGAAUUCUUACAAUACAGUCUGUAUAAAAUAUGUCACAAUAUCUUAAAACUUCAACCAAGUGUUGCAAAUGAAGUUCACUAAUUACAUCUUGCUACAUAUCAUUCAGGUUAUAAUAACUUAUGAACAUCUUUCCAUAUGAAGAGGAAAGUGCUUUCAAAUGACUCCAUUCUGACUUGGACGCAAGCCUAGUUCAUGGUGGUGUGACGAUAUAGCUUUUGUGAAUAUUCUAUCCGCCCCAAGUUGCAGUGCACCCUCACGGGCGAAAGAAAGACAGACCGGUACCAAGUGUUUCAACCGGGUUCUUGCACGCAUUCAGCGUGCGCGCGAAGACCAUACAUUCCAGAAUAAAUUUGUUGCGCGUACUCAGCGUGCUCCUCGUCAAACAUGCAUAACAUUGCCUGUGCAAUGAGCUGGUAGCAAAGGGCUGUCAAUUUCAAAUAAAAACACGCCCUCUUUUGUUCCCGCUUGGAGCAGAGAGAGGCAGAGUGCUUCUUUGUGUGCAUGGUUAAAUAAGGCUAGCUGUAAAAAUGUAAAUGUGGGUGUUAUGUGGCUUCUGUGCUGAAAAAUCUCUGCGAUGCGAUCAUCCUGAAUGUGGAGCAUUGCAUGUUAUGCUUUGUAUUCCGGAUGACAUAGUGAGCGAACAUUUUUUUUGAGUAUUUUAAAAAGGAUGACUAUGCAAGUGCAGAAGAACAUCUAGGAACGAAGUGCAGCCAGUGCUGUUCAGUUUUGAUAUACUGGUAUUUGUUUCAAAGGUUUUCAGACAUCUUUCCUGUGACCCACCAGAAGUGCCUGUAUUAAACUACAUAUAGAUCUUGAACUAGAUACAGUUGUUUAACAAUAUACCUCAACAAUAAUUCUUCCAUAAAAUUUGCUUUUUUACAGAUUUUAAGCUAUGUGUACAGUGUAUAGCUAGACCAAAACAUGGCUUUAUCUUGUGUACAGUUUUUAAUAUAAAAGUAUAUUUGUGAAAUAGAUACCCAGUUGCCGGCCUGCAGACGUUCAUGUUCUGUAUGCAUGGAAGUAUGUUAACUUGUUCAUAUUGCCUCGGUAGGGGCAAUGCAUCCCCCCCCCAAAUUAUUUCAUAUCAAGGCCACUGGGUUUUCAACUUUGUCAGUGUGGUAUCUCAAUGUUGUACUUUUUGUAAUACCAAUUUGUUUUUACUGAAACCAAGUUCCCUCAUUGUUGCUACCUAUAAUUUGCGCUUAUAAAAUAUCGCCAAUCAAUCAACUUUCCACUUGUCCACGGUUACUGCCAACUUCACCCGUUUGUCACCUGCCACUUGGCCAGCUAUCAGUGGUGACCAGCAGUUUGCCAGACAACAAAUAGGGGCACUUUUGGUUGGCGAGUUGUCAUGGCAUGCUGAUGUGACAUGCAUGAACAUACAAGGUGUGGCUCACUGUCCGAUUUUGUUAACUAUCAGACGUUUAUCCAAGUGACAACAUGCCAAUCAGAAUCUGUCCUUUAUAGUCACUUUUCACAUACUGCGGUCCAUCAUAAACAAGCUGAUGGAAGUUGUGUUUUUCUAAAUGCAACAGAUAGAGGUGAAUUGUAGACGCAACUCAAAAAGACUCCUUUGAGAUCUGAAUUUGUUUUUAUCAGUGAUCCAUGUGGUGUUUUAUUGAAAAUGGACCAAAAAUACAUAAUUUUUUUGGCAUAAAGCCUUUUUCUAUAGGAAUGGAGUCUGUAACAUUUAUGCCUUGUGCUAAUCUACAUGCACAUCCAUUUCUAAAAAGUCCUGUUUAUCGUCGAAAGCUUGUACCCAGUUCACACAGAAAUCUCAAAGAAUGUGAAGGUUUCUGGCUCAUUUUCUCACAUCCAUUGGAGGUUGUGUAAGUGCCAAGUCUUUAAGCGGGGUACACGUACGUGUUGUCAUCAAAUUCAACAAACUGACCACCUCCAUAGCUCCACAGUACAUGUACGUACUGAUUACAUAUCACAGUGUUGACUGCAGUGCACCAGUGGAAUAGAAUGGGGAGGGGGGGUCACUGGUGUAUACCCUAUUGUCAUUAGGUAAUGAUUCAAAUUAUAUCUGUUUCAAAAAAGCAAUCAUUUGGUGUAAUCAUCGUGUUGAAUCUUCCAUGAAAAUUAUCCUCCAUAACUGGAAACGAUGAGAUCGUGCCUUUCGCUGUGUGUUCACGCGUAUCUUGAAAGUAUGCUAUGUCUCCUACUCGUGGCAUAUGACGACCCCCACUGCAGUAAACACAGUGAUACAUCAACAGUUCAUAGGGCUUAUUAAGUCAGACUGAGUGUCACAAAGUUACAUGAUCUUGUUUCCUUAAGAUCAACAGAGGGCGCCAUGUCUCUGGCACACUGCAGAUUUGGUAGUUUCACAAAAGCAAAUGAUUGUUUACAGUUGUUUUCUUUUUGUUUUAAUUUUUUUCCUCAUUUUGUUUCACAUGUUCAUAAUACAUUGUCAGUGUAGUUCAUGGUUACAGUAUGUCAUGUACACGUAUGUGAAACACGCCAAUCAGUUUAAUAUCUAUGUAAUAUAAAUGGCAUCACUCCGUAACUUUUAGCUCAUCUUUGAAGUCAAUAUUUGUGUUGCCUGGAAAACUGUAAAUGAAAUGGAAAUAUGUGAAUAAUUAAACAAAAAAGAAAGAGAAAGUCUAAUAUUUUCAUAUGACUGAUUUAUGCAGGUAGAUGACGGGACUGGAUUUCUGGAGUUUGUACUUUGUAUCUGGGCUGCAGGUAGAAAGAAUUGUUGAAUUGCAGCAGGAAAACACGAGAUGAAAUUGGUUCUUAUUGAUUUUAAAACAAGUCUUGGCCAACAGCUUUGUUCCUGGCCUCCAGUAGAAUGAGCACAGUAUAUAUUCCUUGAGAGAAUAAGUUUAAUUUUUUCUUUCUUGAGUUAAAAACUACAUUUGUUUUGCUCACUGCCCAAACCAGGGUCAUUUCUUUUUUAUCAGAAAGCAUAAAUUAUCCAUUUAUUUAUCGUUUUCAAAUAUUUGACUUGAGAAGUCAAAUCAAUUUGAGUUCAACACUGUGUGGCUGGAAGCGUUUAAUUAUCUUAACCCCGACGUUACUGGUUUGUUGUCAUCUACAAGGAAGAAUAAAAAUAGCAAGAUUUUAAA